GAGCCUGCACUCAGUAGUGUCCGAUCCGUGGAGGGGAUUAAAUGCACAGCGGCGGGACGAUGUUUUCUGGGCGACUGAGCGCGUGUGUGACUCUGUGUUUGUGGAUUACGGCGAUGCGGAGCCCGGGAAGUGUGAGCGCGAGGAAGCAGGACGACUCUUUCUUCACCGGCAGCAUUUACCGAGCAAGAUGCGCCUCGAGAUGCCUCAGUCUGCACAUUACUCGCAUCUCUGCCUUUUUCAAGCACUCUCAGAAUAACGGAUCCUUGGUGUGGUGCCAGAAUCACAAGCAGUGCUCCAAGUGCCUGGAGCCCUGCAAGGAAUCCUGGGACCUGAAGGAAAACCAGUGCCAGGAUUUAUGUGAGCCCCUCUUUCCCAAGAAGCACUAUGAGUGUCUCACGAGCUGUGAGUUCCUGAAGUCGGUAGAGGGAGUGAAGCAGGGCGACUGUCCCGCCCCUGAGAAGGCCAGCGGCUUCGCGGCAGCCUGCGUGGAGAGCUGCGAGGAGGAUGGAGAGUGUUCAGCUGUCAAAAAGUGCUGCUCCAACGGCUGUGGCCACACCUGUCAGCUGCCCAAAAACCUCUACAAAGGAGUCCCUCUGAAGCCGAGGAAAGAGCUGGUGUUUUUGGAGCAGCAGUCGGGUCAGCUGGAAAUCCGCUGGUCGUCCAAGUUUAACAUAUCCGUGGAGCCCGUCCUUUAUGUGGUGCAGCGCCGCUGGAACUAUGGCAUCCAUCCCAGCGAGGACGAUGCCACGGAGUGGCAGACAGUGGCACAGACCGCAGAGGAGCGAGUCCAACUGGCCGACAUCAGAGCCAGCAGAUGGUACCAGUUCAGAGUUGCUGCAGUCAAUGUCCACGGGACCCGCGGCUUCACUGCACCCAGCAAACACUUCCGCUCCUCCAGAGAUCCAGCUGCCCCUCCCAGUCCAUCCAGCCUGCGUAUCACCAACGUGACAGUGGGUGAUGACGGCCUUGUGACAGCUCGCCUCAACUGGACCCUGCCAGAGGAGCCCGAUAUCCCCGUACAUCACUACAAAGUGUUCUGGAGCUGGACGGUCCCCACCAAGUCCAUGGUGCCGUCCAAGAAGAAAAGGAGAAAGACCUCCAAUGGGGCUCAGAGCUGGGUGGAUCUGGAUGGACUUCAACAAAACAACAGUUACACUGUGGAGCUGCAGGCUGUCACAUACUGGGGACAGGUGCGACUGAAGAGCUCCAAAGCGUCUCUCCACUUCAGUACCUCCCAGAAUAACGAAUCAGUGAAAUCGGUGCUCAAGUCGAAGAAGGAGGAGAUAUCGCCUCUCAGUUCCACUCUGAGCAAACGCCCUUCUGGCCCCCUAGAGGUUGGCACACCCUUCUACCAAGAUGGCCAGCUGCAGGUCCGUGUCUAUUGGAAGAACCGGGGAGAUCCCACCGUGAGUCGCUACCAUGUCCAGUGGAUGCCGGAGUACUGCAGCCACAACGAGACCCGGGGCCCGGAGAAAUCUGUCACGCAGGAGAACUACAUCAACCUCCCGGGCCUGCUGUUCGCCUGCAAGUACAAAGUCACUGUUCACAUGCUGAAGUCCAAGAGACGUUCCAAGGAUGAGAGCACCACCUUCCUCACCCCGUCUUGUGCAACCAUCCGCAGCAAGACUCACAAACACAUCCCCUGCCCAGGGGAGGGAGCACCAGGGCUUCCGAAGGUUUUGGCUAAGCCCGAGAAUCUAACGGCUUCCUUCUCCAGCAAUGAGGGAAACAUCACAGGUAAUUUCCUGUGGCGCGUGUCCCGAGUGGCUCCCCAUCAGCGGAUCACGGGCUUCCAGGUCACCUGGGCUGAGAUCACCACAGAGAGCCGGCAAAACAGCCUGCCCAACAGCAUCAUCUCCCAAUCCCAGAUCCUGCCUCCCGAUCACAACUUGCUGGUUGUGUCCAACCUGCGGCCGUCCACCUACUACAGGCUGGAGGUGCAAGUCAUAACAACAGGAGGGGAAGGUCCCGCCACCGUCAAGACCUUCCAGACCCCCAACAUAUUACCAGUCAUUCAACACCGACCCAGACUUCGACAGCACCACUCUCAUCACCAGAAGCCGUCAGUGGAGAGACACUGAGUUGAGACGAGCGCAGUCAGGAGACAUAUCAGUGGCUCUCUGCUCUAGUCCGUCAGGAGAGGAACGCGUGGAACCGGGACAGAAACACAGCAAACCAGAACAUGAACUGACGCCCCCCUGCUCGUGAAAUAUGGCUCCAUCCUCUCAAUCCGGGCUCAACACAACACAACAGAUUUCCCUCUCAAUCUCACUCUCUUGACUGACACAUGGUACCGGGGCGGGUCGGUCUGUAUAAUGAAAUCACAGGCAACAUAGCAUAGAGGUGUAACUAUACGAUUUUUGGAAUCCUCUCAUUCGACAUAUUAACCAUUUCAGUUGGAUUUGAUCGGACGUUUAUCGAUAGGAAGUUGCGUACAUGGCUUAAACCAGUGCUUCCCAAGCUUUUUUUUUUUUACAUGUCUUUUUAAAGAUAACAAACGGUUGGAACCCAAUUCAGAUUUUCAAAUUUAGAAAAGGCAGUCAUGUCCGGGAGAUAUUAGUUCGAUAAAUGAAUCACAAUUUCAUUGUUUCUGGAAAACAUUAACACCAAUAUUAAGUUAAAGGUUGGAAAAAAAAAUUAGCAAAUUUAUUUUUUGGCGACCCCCCUUCGAUGACUCAUCGAGUUCCCGACUAAGUCUGUGGGAAUUACUGGUUUAAACAAACAACAACUUUGGCAGCGUCGUUGACGCCGGUCAGACGUGGAUUGAAGGCGAUGCCAGAUAUGUAAAAACAACUGUUUAUUCAUGGCAGCAGAAAAAGAAGUAGAAAUUCAUCUAUUUAUUUUGUCUUACCCUUUAAAGAGGUGCGGAGACACAAAGUCAGUACUGAUGGAAAAUGUAACUAAAGUCGUCGUUGUCUAACCCCAGAAUAUUUCAUGUAGUAUGUUGCAUGUAGUACAUUUGAUUUUUUUUUUUUUUAUUAUUAAAAACUGUAAAUGAAUUACUUGCUUCAAAUUGAAAGCUUGUAAUGGUUUUGCAUGACAACCAUUAGCAUUCUGUCGGCAUGAGAUGAUGUCUGUGUUACCUCUUUUCAAUAUGUUAGCAAUAUUUCAUUAACAGAUUAACAAAGAUUAUUAUAUUGGGAGUAAUAUGUAAUGUUUAUUAAUGAAAUUAUAACUUGUGUGGCAACGAUGAAUUGUACAUGUUCUUGGCUGUAGAAAUAUUUGUCGUGGAGCAGUCAGUGAAUGUCUAUAUUUAUUUAUGUGUGUGCAUUUCAAAGGUUUGGUUUGGAUGUGUGUGAAUGUGUAUGUUCUGUGCGUUUUAGUCUCAAUUUGUUUUUUGUUUUCUUUGGAAUCGGCAAAAAUCUUGUAAAGACAUUUUGUAAAAAUUGAAUUGUAAAUACAGUCUUAUGUUACAUGUUAUUUUUCCAUGGUAGAAACUGUACAAACUGCUAAGUAAUAAAAUAAUCCUUAACCAGUU